AUGACGCCGGAUGGUAGUAACACCAUUACACACCAUCCAUCCAUCUUUCACCUCCAACAGCUGUCAUCCCCCAGCAGGAGCAGCUCUCGCUCACCAGCUCGCCAGAAUCAUCACCAUCACCACCAUUAUCACCACCAUCACUCCAGCCAGCAUCAUGCUGCCAGCACAUCCGUAGAGCCCGUUGCACCGCCGGGCCAAGAACACGAUGCUGUCGCGAGGCACUCAUCCCACGCCACGGAUGUAGAGAGUCAGGUUACCGCCGGUCCGAAUUCAAGGCUGCCCCGCCUCAGCGUUGAGAGUGACCCUUAUGGGCUUUCAUCUUCUUACAAAACCGAAUCUGACCUAGAUCAAAUCAAGGCCAACUCGUCUCGGAAAAGAGACGGAUCUCGAAGUUGUGGCCCGUCGGCCCAGCCAUCCUCUAUCGGUCCUAAUGAAUCAGGGCCGAAACGUGAUGCUCGUAAGGUCCGUGGCUUUUACGAGAAUCAGAAUGCAGCCAUCGAACGGAUGCUCAAGUCGGUGGAAGAGCACCGGGCCGAAGCGCGUCAGGAGCAAGGUGACGACCAGACCAAGUUCCGCAUCGCCAUCUAUGGAUCUCUCGCCGCCAACAUAAUUCUCACGGGCCUGCAGUUGUACGCAGCCGUUUCUUCUGGCUCACUCUCCCUGUUCACAACCAUGGCGGAUGCCAUCUUCGAUCCCCUUAGCACACUCACUCUUAUUUUCUCCAACCGCGCAAUCAAGCGAGUUGACCCUCGUCGUUUUCCAGCCGGCAAAGCCAGACUUGAAACGGUUGGAAACAUCGUCUUUUGUUUCCUCAUGGUAUCCGUUUCGCUCAUUAUCAUCGCAUUUGCAGCUCGAGAGCUUAGUCAAGCCGAUGCGACCAAGGAGUUUCAUUUGCCGUCCGUCAUUUCGGUCUGUGCCGCCUUCCUCACCAAGUUUUCUCUCUUCUUGUAUUGCUGGUCCAUCAAGGACAAGUAUAGUCAGGUAAACAUCUUGUGGCAGGACCAUCGCAACGAUCUCUUGGUCAAUGGAUUUGGUAUUCUGACCUCAGUCGGCGGCGCCAAACUUGAAUGGUGGAUCGACCCGAUGGGCGCCAUCCUGCUAUCAGUUCUUAUAUCUGGAGUCUGGCUCCACACUGCAUUUAAUGAAUUCAUGCUGCUGGUAGGCGUCGUUGCAUCAGUUGACAUGCAACAGCUCAUCACCUAUGUGUGCCUCACGCAUUCACCAGCCGUACAGGGCAUUGACACUGUGCGCGUGUACCAUUCCGGCCCAAGACUCAUUGCCGAGGUGGACAUUGUCAUGGAUCCCGCCGGUACCUUGUUGGAAACCCAUGACAUCGCUGAGGAGCUUCAGUUCAAGUUGGAAAGCCUUCCUGACGUUGAGAGAGCGUAUGUUCAUAUCGACUACGAGACGACUCAUAAACCAGAACAUGCAUAUAAGAAAGAUCUCUAA